AUGCAGACUGCUUCUACAAACAUUUCUGAAAGAAUAUGUCACUCUCAGGAGCGCAGUGAUUUCAAGCGUGGUACCGUGAUAAGUUUCCACCUUUGCAAUAACUCCAUCCAUGACAUUUCCUUACUACUAAAUAUUCCAUGGUCAAUUGUUAGUGGUAUUAUAACAAAGUGGAAGCAACUGGGAACAACAGCAACUCAACCACAAAGUGGUGGGCCACAUAAAAUGACAGAGUGCGGUGAGUGCAUGCUGAAGUGCACAGUGCGUAGAAGUCACCAACUGUCUGCAGAGUCACUUAGUUCCAGUAAAGGGAACUCUUAAGGCGUCAGCAUACCAAGACAUUUUGGACAAUU